AUGGCUAUGUCUAGGGUUUUCUUUUCCGAUCUCAAGUCUGGUCGUUGCUCCUCAACCGUCGAGGUCCGUCUGCUCCGGUUCUGGGAGGCACGGAAUCCACGCCGUGGAAGGGAGUUGAUGUGGAUCGAUAUGUUAAUGGUCGAUGUUAAUGCCAAAGCUUACUUCUCAGCUAGCAUUGCUCGCCUCAAUAGCUUAAACAAGAGAACCUUGAUGUGA